AAUUAUUUUACUAAAACUUGGUAUAGUGAAAAAACAUAAUAAAAUAUCCAAAGGAUUGACAUACGUGUGUGUCGACCAUUAAUCAAAACCAAUAGAAUUUCAAGUGCCCUCCAGCCAGAGAGCGAAUCCUGUUGACCUCUCUCUCUCUCUCUCUCUCUCUCUCUCUCUCUCUCUUCUCUUCAUUCAUUCACACUUUUCACAGUUCACACUCCUAUAUAGCUCUCUCUCUCAAUUCAAAAUCGAAGGCUUCUCUCUCUCUCUGUACUCUCUUCUCAAAAACCCCACCAAAAUGGCCACCUUCUUCAUCUCCCUCGUCUUCUUCCUUUGUUUUCUCCUCUCCACCUAUGCUCUCACUUCACCCUCAGACAUUUCAGCCCUCAAGGCUUUUAAAGCCUCCGUUAAACCCUCUUCCAUUCCAACUUGGUCUUGUUUAGCCUCCUGGGACUUCGCCGCCGCCGACCCAUGUGCCUCACCUCGCCGGACCCAUUUCACCUGUGGACUCACCUGUUCUCCUGACUCCAAACGAGUUACCCAGAUCACUCUCGACCCGGUUGGUUACUCUGGUACACUCACCCCACUCCUUUCCCAACUCACCCAACUCGCUACUCUCGACCUCGCUGAUAACUAUUUCUAUGGCAUUAUCCCUUUUUCCAUAUCUUCUCUUGUUAAUCUCCAAAGCCUAACUCUCCGAUCCAAUAAGUUUUCCGGGUCGGUUCCUUCCUCCAUUACCAAACUCAAACUCCUCGAAGCUUUGGACCUUUCACAUAAUUCUCUUUCUGGGUUUCUUCCCAGUGCCAUGAAUUGGAUGUCCGGAUUGCGUCGACUCGAUCUGAGUUACAACCAACUCAAAGGGUCGAUCCCCAAACUUCCACCGAAUUUGCUUGAACUCGCUCUGAAGAGAAAUUCGCUAUCUGGGCCACUCUCCAAAUCGUCGUUUGACGGUUCGACUCAGUUAGAAGUAAUCGAACUCAGUGAGAACUCGUUCACUGGAACACUUCAGAGCUGGUUCUUUCUCCUACCGUCAAUUCAACAAGUUAACUUAGCCAAUAACAGCUUGACAGGUGUCGAGAUCUCGAGCCCCACCGCAGGACAAAGCGACGUCGUGGCGGUAGAUUUGGGGUUCAACAGAAUCGAAGGAUACGUGCCUGUUAAUUUCGCGGCGUAUCCUCUGUUAUCGUCACUAACUCUUAGGUACAACCGGUUACGUGGCAAAAUCCCAUUGGUUCUCGCCCAAAAGAAGUCGUUAAAGAGACUUUUCUUAGAUGGAAACUUUUUGAUCGGUCAGCCGCCAGCGAGUUUGUUCGGCGGGCAGGCGCCGGUCUCGGGCAGCUUGGGAGAUAAUUGCCUGUGGGGCUGUCCAGCAUCCUCACAGCUGUGCCUACCUACCCAGAAACCCAGUUCCAUAUGUAAGCAAGCCUAUGGUGGAAAACCAAAGUCUUGAAGCCUCAAUAUUCUUGGUCAAAUAUUUCUACUUAUUUUAUUUUUAACUCUGAGAAAAUUAAUAAAACAAUGUAUAAAAUGCUUUUUACAA